UCCUGGCUAUGCGCUCGUUGCUUGUCGUAACGUUUGAAAAAAAAAAAACCGCCAUAUCCGAUCGCUUCCUGACUGGUCCCUUAAUUUAACUUAUAUGGGAGCCCUCUAGGGACGAGUUAGUCGAACGAAUUUCGUUGAUAACAUGAUAAGUCACACAGUUUCAGUUCUUGUAUGCUCCCAAUCAAUGCAAAUUAUGUUCUAAGAUGUCAUCUAAAUAUCUAUAUUCUAGUUUUUAUUAAAAAAUUGAGAAUUUAGAUGUACAUGUGGAUAAAAUGCGGUGUGCAUUUUAUUAAAUAAUAAAGUAUUGGUAUUUUUAGAUUGACAUGAACAUCAACUAUCUAUUAAGUCCAAUUUUGUAUCCUUUGAUUACUCAACGCUGGAAGCCAAUCAAAGAAGGAAAUCUGUAGGAAAAGCAAGCGUUUACCCAGUGUUGACUCAGCAAGGGAAAAUUCAGUCGAUAACAGAUGGCAAACCCCUUAAAUAAGUGCAAAUUGGAAUUUUGAAUAUGUAAACCACGACCUAAUUAUAUCUGUGCUAUACGUGAGAUAACAUGGAAAGCUGCUGAACACGGCAUGUUAUAAAACAGGUAUCUUACUCCAUUGGUUUUCACUCAGUUUUCUCGCUCUGGUCUCGUUCGUAGCUUUAUUUAUUUGAAAUACUUUGUAGCCGCGUUAGCUCUGUUUUAAAUUUUUUUUUCUUCGUAUUUUUGCAGACUUGUGUUUCUGUUUUGAUCGUAAAAAGCAAAUACUUUGUAGCCGCGUUAGCUCUGUUUUAAAUUUUUUUUGCUUCGUAUUUUUGCGGACUUAUGUAUCUGUUUUGAUCUUAAAAAGCACUAAGCUGAAUUACAUGUAUACAAAAAUUUUCAUAAGAGCAGUUUCGUUACGGAAGUUUAUACUGAACCGUGCUAUAUUUCUGUCUGUGAAUUCCAACUACUUCUUUAUUCAUUCCAAUUAAAAUUGAUCAAGGUAUAGUAAAGGUGAUUUGUGUAUUACACACUUACGUUGCUGUUUUCCUCGAAGGGACAUUUUCAUUUCUUUAUUUACCGCUAAAUUUCAGAUUUCAAUUAACCUUACAAAAAUUUUUUUAGGACUAAUUAAUUGGGCCUCGACUCUUCAUCUUGUAGCUUAUGUCAUUUAACUUUUAGGUAUGCGUUUGGAAAAUGGAUAUUUCCGCAUUUGUGAUGGUUUUAACAUUCGCUUCGUCUUUUCUUGAAGGAAAAGGUUCGAAGCACCGAAGACAUGAUGAUCCUGUAAAUUUCCGAAGGGCUCAAAAUUCAGGAUGCUUUAUCAUCACUUCGACUAUUAAUGUUCCAUUACUGGAGAAAGAAAUAAAAGGCGAUGUAAUGGUCACAUAUCAAGUUGUAUCCAAGCUACAGUGUGAAGAUCUGUGCAUGAGAACUCCACAAUGCCAAGGCUUCAAUUAUGGAGAACAAAAGUGUGAUAUUUUGAGCAAAAUCUACGACCCACACGAAAGGGAAAAGAGUGUCAGCAUACGAGCCGUAAUGAAAAAGCUUCUCUUGGGCAAAGAUGAAUGCGCUAAAAAUACAUAAAUACCGAAAAAUAACUAAAUACAAUAAAAGGACAUGAAAGACAACAUUAUUCACCGAAAGGAUGUCGAAGUUUGACAAGGAAAAAAUUUGAGAUUGUUAUUUUGCUUUACGCAUAGCUUUAUUACAGCGGUCAGUUGAAACAAAGUUUUGAUAUAUGCGUGUAGUUUAGAAAUUUUUAGCAAUUGAGGGGUUCUCUGUCGGAGAAAAGUUAAAACUUUAUAAACAACAUAACAAUUACUGGGUUUCUGGCGUGAUUUAAGAUAAACAUUUUCAUGUUUUCAAGAAGCCUUACCAUCAAGGUUUCAUCUCUGAUUUCUGAUGAAUUAGUUACAAGAUAUGUUUUAUUGUUGGAAAAUAGUUUUUAAUCGAUGUUUGUCAAUAUCAUUAUCAUCACGA